AUGGCAGGCGUAUUCUUGUGCCGCUGUGUUUCCUCAACGUUCCUGCUUUCUCGGUCUCGGUCCCGGUCUCUUGCGAAAUUACGUAUCCGAACUCUUGAUGAGAAGAUUGAAAGAUCCAUGGAAGGACUUUUCUUAGUCUUAGACGCCUUACUGAAGCUUGGUAGUAUGCGGACACGGCGCCGAGAGCUUGAUUUGGGUAAGAGAAAUCGUGAUGAUUACAAAACAUAUAAAAUUAGACAACAAUGGGGACAAUGA